UGCCAGUCCUCUUCUACCGUCGGAUUACAGCUGUGGAGGCACGCAGUUGAGCUGUCACCGAGUCAUAAAACGUCAAAUAAAACCAAAACAUCAUAUUCCAGGUUCUUGAGCUUCCAUCUGUUGCUGCUUUACUACAUUUAUAAUCCUCUAAUAUACAAGUCAUUGAGGAAGAGGCGGCCUUUGCAGAGCAAUGGAUCAGAAUCGCCAGCAGCACGGAGUCCCUCAAAAUGUCCCGGUUGGGAGCUUCAGGCAGGGCAAUGUUCCCAGCGUGGAGCGAGGAAUCAUCAUCGGAGACAACGUCCAGUUUGGCAGGCAGAGACGUCGCACAAAUCUGUCUCAGUCUGAGGGUUCGGGGGCAGAGGAGGAGCGCCCGGGCUCCUCUGUGGAGGCGAGCGGCUCCUACGGCCGAAGCCCCAUCCUCCAGGGCAUGCAGUCGGAGGCGGUGUGGUACAACCGCACCGCCUACGAGCAAGCCGAGGGCGACUACCACCGGCGCCUCGCCUCCGGCGGAAACGGGCCGCUGUCGUCCUCCCCGCGGAGCCCAAACGCCAGGACUUUGACCUUCCACUCCAAACGCAGCAGCAAUCAGCAGGACGGAGAGCGCGGCGUCCCGACCGUGAAGGCCUCCGGUACCCCGCACCGUCAGCCGGGCAAAGGUCGCAAUAGGACCUCCUCUGAGACCGAGCAGGGGAGCAAGGGCAGCAGGGGGCAGACGGCGAGGAAGAGGGGCCUCUCCGAGACUGAAGGCAGGCCAAGAUGGGACAACACCAACAUGAGUGGACUCCAGUGCCUCGCCGCAGAGAACAUCUGGUUCGACAAGCACCGCUACGAUGAAGCGGAGAAGCGCUUCUACGAGGGAGCGAACGGCCCCGCCGCCCAGCAGCAACAGGAGGGGGGUCAGGCCAAAGCAGCCCAGCAGCAAGCUAAAGGUCGCCAGCAGAAACGGCAGCACAGAAAUUCGUCUUCCCAGGGAGGAGACCAGGAGCUGGUUUCCCGCAUGAAGAGCCUGGAGCUGGAGAACCAGAGUCUGCACAAAGUGGUGGAAGAGAUGAGGGCCGCCCUGCAGAAGCUGGAGUCCAGAGUGACUGAGCUGGAGAAGUCUCCUGCACCAGCUGCCGUCCCCUGUGCCAAGGCAGCUCCAGUCCAACAGGUGAAGGUGACAAACGGCGACGAUGCCGACGAUGACGACAUAGACCUGUUUGGCAGUGACGAGGAAGACGAGGAGGCAGAACGCAUCAAGCAGGAGAGGCUGGAGGCCUACGCUGCCAAGAAAGCGAAGAAACCCACCGUCAUCGCCAAGUCCUCCAUCCUGCUGGACGUCAAGCCUUGGGACGAUGAGACCGAUAUGGCCAAGCUGGAGGAGUGCGUGCGCACCGUGCAGAUGGACGGGCUCCUAUGGGGGGCUUCCAAGCUGGUUCCGGUCGGUUAUGGCAUCAAGAAGCUGCAGAUCAACUGUGUGGUCGAGGACGACAAGGUCGGCACAGACAUCCUGGAGGAGGAGAUCACCAAGUUCGAGGACUAUGUCCAGAGUGUAGAUGUUGCUGCCUUCAACAAGAUCUAAUCUUCAUCUUCACCAUCAGAGGGUUAAUGCUGCUCCCAGCUUGUGUGGUUAAUAAAAAGCUGAAUCCAGAGCA